AUGCUUGGUUCAAUCAUCAAAGAGUACAAUUUACCAGAAGGAUUAUCCAAGGAAACAGAAGAGAAGAUCUUACCACCAAUCAUCAAACAAACAACUUUCAAAAGUCCGAAGGGUUAUUCAGGAACAAUUUAUACAGAUGAUCAUCAAACACCUGUUUGGUUCAAGACAAAAGAUAGUGAAUUGAUUCCAACUGUUUAUACUCUUUGGGCAGCUCCUUUCAUAUUACCAAUCGUUCAUACACAUCCACAUGUCAUUGAAGUUCUGGAAGGUGGUGCUGAUCUUAUGUUACCAGGAAGUGUCCCACCAUUCUUAUCUGAAAUUAAAAAAGGUUCUAUAGUGGCAAUUGCUGAUACUCAAGAUCCAUUAACUUGUUGGGCUGUGGGGAGAUCUAAUUUAAAUUUGGGUCAAAUUCAGAAAGUUGUUGGUACUACAGGUGUUGCUGUUGAUGUUUAUCAUAGUCAUGAUGACAUGUUAUUCAGAAUUGCUAAAUCAAAGAUCAAACCUCCAAAAGAACCAAGUUUAGAAAUAAAGUUCAAAGAAGAGGUAAUAGAACAACAGAAUGGUGAACAAGAACAACCAGAACAAAAAGUCACAGAUCAAGUUGAAGAAGAAACUUCCAUCGAGCAAUCUACAAUCAAUGGUGCAGAAGAGCAAAAUAAUGGACCUGAAACUCAACCAGAAACACCAACAGAAACUGAACAAGCAAAAGAUGAUGUCAACGAAUUAGCAAAUGUUGUAGAUACAUUGACUGUGGAAGAUGUUGACCAUUUCUUCAAAAGAUCAUUAUUACAAACCUUAACCCAAGAUGGUAUUAAAUUACCAAUGACAUCGUCAGAAUUUAUGAAUCAUAUAAUCAAAAAUCUUGCAUCUGAUUUUGAACAAAUUCAAAUUAAAAAGACAUCAUGGAAGAAAAGUGCUAAAUUUUUAAAAGCAAUGGAAAAGGAUAAAUUUUUGAAAUUAAAAGGUAAAGGUGAUGACUUAACUGUUGUUUCCAGUGCUACAAAGGAGAAUAAUGAAGAAUUGAAAAAUUUUGUUCCAUAUAAAGUCAAAAAGUCAAAACCAACAAAUGCUCCAACUACAAAUUCCAAAGCACAAAAUAAUAAUAAUACAUUGAUUGCACAUAAACUAUAUAAACCAACGAACCCAUUGAGGCCUAUUUUCAAUGACUUGAACUUGGUUUAUGCAGAUUAUUUUGAAACAAAUGAAGUCAAAGAAAUUUUGAAUAAAUAUAUUGCCAAAAAUGGACUUGUUAAUGAAAAAAAUAAAAAACAAAUAUUACUAGAUGACAAUUUAUCAUGUUUGGUUAAGAAUAAUGAAACCACUUUAGGAAGGGAUAAAAUCUUAACCCCAUUCUUAUCAAAAUUUACUGAAUAUUACAUGCUUGAAAACCCUGCAUUGCCAGUGGAAGAUCAAAUUCAUCAAGAACCUGUACGUGGUUCAAUCCCACAAGUUAAAAUCAUAACUGAAACUAAAAUUGGACGUAAAGUUGUCACUAGAACUUUUAAUUUUGAACCAUUUGGUAUAAAUGCUGAUGAAUUAUCCUCAGAAUUAAAAGUUAAAUGUUCAGGUUCAAGUACUAUUGGUCAAAAUGUUCAAAAUCCAAAAUUAACUGAAGUCACUGUCCAAGGUCCUCAUAGUAAAAUUGUGAUUGAAUUAUUAACCAAAAAAUAUGGAUUAAACUCAAAUUGGAUAUCUUUUGAUGAUAAAUCAAAACCAAAAAAGAAAAGAAGUUAA